CGUAACUUCCGCUCCUUCGUCAUCACCGAGUGACGUUUUCUCAGGCCGCAAGUGGUUGAAGCGAAAUCACCUCGUUUGAAAAAUAUGGCACCGUCACCCACAAAGCGGAAGGAGGAGGAAAAAACUAAAGACAGAGGCAAAGAAAAGACUACCACAAAGGAAGGAGACAAGGAGAGAGGGAGGGAGAAAGCAAGGAAACGUCGCAGUGCCUCCACUGGCAGCAGCAGCAGCAGGUCUAGAUCUAGCUCUUCUUCAAGCAGCAGCUCUGGUUCCAGCUCAGGUUCCUCAAGUGGAUCCAGCUCAUCUGGCUCCAGCCGCUCUGGUUCUUCAAGCUCUCGUUCGUCCUCCUCUUCCAGCUCCUCAGGCUCCCCUAGCCCCAGCCGUAGACGCCAUGACAACCGCCGCCGCUCCCGCUCAGCGUCCAAAACACAAAAGAGGGGAGAUGACAAGGAGCGAAGGAAAAGAAGUCCGAGCCCCAAACCAACUAAAGUUCACUUAGGGCGGCUGACUAGGAAUGUUACCAAGGACCACAUCCAGGAGAUCUUUUCCACAUAUGGAAAAAUCAAAAUGGUCGAAAUGCCAAUGGACAGGGUCCACCCACACCUUUCCAGGGGCUAUGCUUAUGUGGAGUUUGAGACUCCUGAGGAGGCCCAGAAGGCCCUCAAACACAUGGAUGGAGGUCAGAUUGAUGGACAAGAAAUCGCAGCAUCUGCCGUGCUGACUCAACGAAUCCGCCCUCCACCUCGUAGACCUUCUCCCCCUCGCAGAAUGCCCCCACCACCACCUAUGUGGCGUCGCAGUCCACCACGCAUGAGGAGAAGGUCCCGCUCCCCGAGGAGGCGGUCCCCAGUACGCCGCCGCUCUCGCUCGAGAUCUCCUGGUCGCAGGCGUCACCGCUCUCGUUCCAGCUCUAACUCCUCCAGAUAGACAAGUAUUCUGCCUCCUAAUACCAAGUGAUCUUUUAGAUUCUCUAACACCAGACCAGCUGGUGUUCCUGCUUUUCCAGACCUCAUUGACUCAUCAGAAAUAAAAUAAUCUGCAUUGUAGCCAA